UCCAUGUUUUUUUUUUAAUUAUAAAAAGUAUAGUUUUUAAUACUUCGUUUCAACUGGAAAUGACAAAAACUUAAAGAUAACUGAACAUAAAAUUUCGUUCCUAUUUUUUUAAACUUCAUCAUCAUUUUAAAUCAAAGAAUGAUUAAAACAUAAUUGCUGAUAUUAUUUAUUCAAAGGAUUUAGAAAAAUGUCAAGGAAUUCAUAAAAAAAAAUUGCCAUGUUCCCUUUUUAAUUUUGUAAUUUUUGAUAUUGUUUUUAAUCAAUGUUAAUUUAUCUAGUGGUCAGUAUUUAACUGUUUUUUUUUCAAUGAAAAUUCAGUUUGAUAUGAUUUUAUGUUUUCCUACUUAUUUUAGGCAAAAUUUUCGAAGAGACAAUUUUUUUUAAACAGUUUUGCAAUAACUCUAAAUUUCUUGGAUUAUUAUUUUUUGCAAUUUCAAUAUUUCUUUUUGUUUUCAAAACGUAAAAAAAACAAUUUUUAAAAUUACUUAAUGAAUUUAGUCAGACAAUUAAAAAAAUUUAAAAAAAUAUUCAAAAUAAAAUCAUAACUUCAAGCUGGCCAUCAGGCUCUAUUUUUAUAUUAGUUUGUCAACUUUACCUCUUGUUUGAUAAACAAAAAUUAAUAGCGAUCAUAUGAUUAAUAAAAAAAAUAUUAUGAAGAUCUGUGUCAAAGACUCCAAUAUUAAAUAAGAUUUUGAAAGUCUUAAACAGCUUUUUUAUACUCAAAUAUAUUGAAAUAGUGAAAAGAACCUUAAAUUUAAAGUAAGUUACUAAAGCAGAAUUGAGUGAAUUCAAUUUGAAAAUUGCACAAAAUAAUACAAAAUUAUUUAAAAGUUAAAAAAUAACUUUCAAACAAGUAUGCUUAGAUUUCCCGACUUUUCCCGACUUUUAGACAAAAAAUCAUAAAUUCCCGACUUUUUCCCGAUUUUUGGCGGAUUUUGGCGAAUUCCCGACUUUUUCCCGACUUUCCCGAUUUCCCGACUUGAGUGGCCACCCUGCAAUCGGGAUCGAUUGACAGGGCAGAAUCAAAAUAAACCAAGCAAAAACGAAAGUUAAUCAUCACAAUCGAUUAUGGCCCAGCUGCAGCAAAGUGCACUGAAAAGUGAAUUAAAAGCCCACAGCCAGUGCCGAUUGUGCAUGAAUUUGGCCGGCGAGUUUUGCAGCUUUACGAACUUCAUCGAGGACACGCGAACCGUGCAGGAUGUCAUCAAAAUGCUGCUGGCGCUUGAGGACGACCCUUUCCUGCCGCAACAAAUAUGCAUCGAGUGCAGCAAGGAACUGCUCCACGUGGCGCGAAUCAAAGAACUAUGGGCGACCAAUCAGUUUGCGCUGGCCCGACAAGCCGCCAGCUUGGCAGCGGCUAGUAUUGAAAAGUGGCCCGAUGCGGUCAAAUUUCCCGACCCGGUAGAGGGCCACCAAAUGUUUGUUCAAGUUGAUGAAAAUGUGAGCGAAUCUGAACUGUUCGUUGACCGCGCCGACCUGGAGGAAACGCAACUGGAGGACGGUGAAGAGUUCGACCGAUCAGCUGAACAGGAAGCUGAGGAAAAGGUCCCUCGAAAGAAAAAGAAAAAGCGGCGGUCGACGUGCAAGAAGGAAAUUGGCAAGUUUAGAUGCUUCAAAUGUAACAUCACUUUUGAUACCAUAGAGCAGAAGAACGAGCACGCCAGACAGCAUUUCAAGUGUAAAUUUUGCGUUGCAAACUUCCUCCAGAUGAAUGAUCUACGGAGACAUCUGAGAAAACAUACCAACGAAAGACCGUACACGUGUCCGCACUGCACCCAAGCGUUCCAACGUUUGGAGCAUGUGAAUUCACAUGUCAAACAGAUACACUCUGGACCUGGGUGCCACUCGUGUACAAUGUGUGCGCAGCAGUACUCAACGGAAGAGGACCUGAUGGAGCAUAGAAAUAGUUCCCACCCACUGCCCAUUCGACCCAGUGUGAAACAGGAAAAAAGAUCAACCAAACCGGCGGCACCCAGUGAGCCACCAAUUCGGGCAUCUUUUAUAAAGGAGGAACCAAUGGUGGAUUUCUCUGCAAAUAACGAUGAUUAAUUUAAUGGCGUUUUUUGGGAGUUUCAGCAUAUCUUUGGUAAAUGUGAGUGUCAUAAUUGAAAACUAUAAAAAAUGUGUU